AUGGCGGGAAAUUCGGCGAAUCAAAGUGAUGAACUCGACGAGAACUACAUUUUCAACACAUUGAAUCACAUUAACGAACUGAACGACUCACUCCUGAUGAAGGCCUUCGAGUGCUUUCAAGCUAAACACUUUCAUCAACUUGACGAAGGGGUGAGUGAGAACGUCUGCGAGUUUGACUGGGACUCUUUGCUCUGCUGGCCUGCCUCAGCCUCGGGGACUUUGGUGAAACAAUCGUGCUUUGAGGAACUUCACGGCAUUCAGUACGACAGUUCACAGAAUGCAAGCAGAUGGUGUUGGCCAAAUGGCACUUGGGACAGGUACACAAACUACUCACAAUGCCAGGAGCUGAAAAUGAAUAUUAUCGAGUCCGGAGUGGAAAUAACAACGACCCUGUACUUCGUUGGUUACACACUGUCAUUGUCGACCCUCAUCGUGGCUGUCGCAAUAUUUUUACACUUCAAAGAAUUGAAAUGCUUGAGGAAUAGCAUCCACACGAAUCUCAUGUUUACGUACAUGCUUGCCGACCUCAUGUGGAUACUGACGACAGUCAUGCAGGUCUCAAUGCAAACGGACAUUCCCACCUGCGUCGUAUUCUUCGCUCUACUUCAUUACUUCCACCUGACGAAUUUCUUCUGGAUGUUCGUGGAGGGACUUUAUUUAUACCUGCUGGUAGUGAAAACCUUCACUGGUGACAACAUAAAGCUGCGAAUGUGCCUUGUUAUAGGAUGGGGUGUUCCUUUGCUGGUGGUUGUGGUAUGGGGAAUAGCUAAAUCAUUGACGAUUAACGUGGAUCAGAGUAUUCAAAAUGUCGCGUUGUACAGACACUGUCCGUGGAUGGUGAAUAAUGCCUUCGACCUGCUGUACCAGGUGCCCGCUAUCAUUGUCCUGGGAAUCAAUGUUGUUUUUCUCUUCAUGAUCAUGUGGGUGUUGAUCACAAAACUGAGAUCAGCAACAUCAGUGGAGACACAGCAGUAUCGCAAGGCGAGCAAGGCCCUUCUUGUUUUGAUACCAUUGCUGGGGGUCACGUACAUACUUGUGCUGACUGGGCCAACUGAGGGCCCAAUGGCACAUGUAUUUGCGUACGCACGAGCUGUGCUCCUAUCUUCUCAAGGCCUAUCAGUGGCAUUAUUCUACUGCUUCUUGAACUCAGAAGUCCAGAAUACAGUGCGCCAUCAUUUCUCCCGUUGGAAUACAGCCAGAAGUAUCGGUACCAACCGAAAGUACAAAAACUGGUCGCCCCGAUCUCGAACCGAGAGCAUGAGGCUCUGGCAACCAGCAAACCCAUAUCGCAAGAGGGAAUCAACUGUGAGUGAAACAACGACAACGACUCUGCUAGGUGUCAACAAUCCAACGACAGCUCUUCUAGAUCGAUCGAGGGUCAUCCCCGUGGCUCUUAAUGAAUAGGAAAAGAGUGAAUCGCUGGAAAGGGCGCAAUUCAACGUGAAGAAAAUUGGUCUAAUACAGAAUGAGGAA